AUGUUUUCUCGGCUCGCAACACAAUCAGCAAAGCACUCUGUGCGCUCAUUCGUCAAGCCUACCAUUCAGGCUCGAUUCGCUUCUACAAAGCCUACUGUCAGCUCUAACCCUAUGCAAUUUGGACUUGUGACAGCUGCUAUCGUUGGUGCCACAGCCUCUGCUUACAUGUACGCCGACGCUUCUGCCAACAUGGCUGACGAAGGUCUUCAUGCUCCUCACUAUCCUUGGCCUCACAGCGGUCCUCUUUCUACUUUUGAUCACGCUGCCAUUCGUCGUGGUUACCAAGUUUACAGAGAAGUUUGUUCAGCCUGUCACUCUCUUGACCGUAUUGCCUGGAGAAACUUAGUUGGUGUCUCUCACACCGAAGCUGAAGUAAAGGCUAUGGCUGAAGAAUUUGAAUAUCAAGAUGGACCUGAUGAAAACGGUGAAAUGUUUACUAGACCAGGCAAGCUCUCUGAUUACAUGCCUAAACCUUACCCUAAUGAUGAAGCUGCCCGUGCUGGUAAUGCUGGUGCUUUGCCCCCAGAUCUCUCCUUGAUCACCAAGGCUCGUCACGGUGGUGAGGACUAUGUCUUCUCCCUUCUUACAGGUUACAUGGAUCCUCCUGGAGGUAUUGAAGUUCGUGAAGGUUUGAACUACAACCCUUACUUCCCUGGUGGAGCUAUUGCUAUGGCCCGUGUUCUUUUCGACGGUGUCGUUGAAUAUGAAGAUGGUACCCCUGCUACUACUUCCCAAAUGGCCAAGGAUGUCUGUACUUUCCUCGCUUGGGCUGCUGAGCCAGAACACGAUGAACGUAAGAAGAUGGGUAUGAAGGCCGUCAUCAUCUUGGCUGGUUUGACUGCCUUGUCUGUCUGGUUGAAGCGCUUCAAGUGGGCACCUAUCAAGUCUAGAAAGAUUGUUUACAACCCUCCCAAAUAA